AAAGGGUCUGUGGCAAUGGAAGGCCUGACUACAUCCAGAAGAGACUUUGUGCCUCACAAGGUGGUACCAGUGAAGGUCCACCAGCCUGACCAGUUCAUUCCCAGUGAAGAGAAUAUGGAUUUGCUCACAACGUACAAGCAAGAUUACAACCCCUACCCUGUCUGUCGAGUGGACCCCAUUAAGCCUCGGGAUAGUAAAUAUCCAUGUGGUGACAAGAUGGAGUGUCUGCCUACUUAUAAAGCGGAUUACUUAGCUUGGAACCAACCCAGACGAGAGCCACUUCGUCCAGAACAUAACUACCGGCCGUCAUCAACCAAGUUUGAUAGCAGAACUACACACCAGGAUGACUACCCCAUAAAGGGCCUUGUGAACACCGUGAGCUGUAAGCCUGCAGCCAUGCCGAAGCUAUGCAACAUCCCCUUGGAGGAUCUGACCAACUACAAAAUGAGCUACGUGGCCCAUCCUAUGGAGAAGCGCUUUGUACAUGAGACAGAGAAGUUCAAACCCUGUGACAUCCCCUUUGAGAGCCUCACCACCCAUAAAGAGUCCUACAGGGGCCUGAUGGGGGAACCUGCCAAGAGUCUGAAACCCCCAGCGAGACCCUCUGGUAUAGAUGCACCCUUUUGUAACACCACUGAAUUCAGAGAUAAGUACCAAGCUUGGCCGACGCCCCACAUAUUGGCCAAAGCACCCCCAGCCUAUGUCCCUCCUGAAGAGAGGAUGGAUCUUCUGACAACAGUGCAAGCCCAUUACACAUAUCCCAAGGGUGCCCCCGCUCAGUCCUGCAAACCAGUGCCCCCAAUUAAAAAGAGUGGCCGUUUCCAAAGCUCCACUACCACCAAGGACGACUACAAGCAGUGGGCUGGCGUGCGCACAGAGCCAGUCAAGCCUAUCCUCCAGACGCACUUUCCCAAUGAGCCCUUGGACUGCCUGACCACCACCCGGGCUCACUAUGUGCCUCACCCUCCAGCCAAUACCAAAAGCUGUAAGCCCCUCUGGUCUGGCCCUCGGAGCAAUAUCCCUGUGGAGGGUCAGACCACUUAUGCCAUCAGCUUUACUCCCAAGGAAAUGGGCAGAUGCCCAGCUUCAUUCCCUGAGCCCCCUGGCUACAUUUUUGAGGAAGUGGAUCCUCUGGGGCACAAGAUAUAUAGGCCAAUUUCCCAGACAGUGUCUCGGCGGAGCAGUUGUCUUUCCGUAGGUGAUCCGGAAAACCCCAACCAGCCAGAGUUGGCAAUGUCAGCCUGA